AUGUCGAUACCCACACCAGAUCUACUCUCACCAGCUAUCCAACCUCCUUCAGCAGAAACGAUGAUGGCCAACUCCAUCAUCACUCAGCCUACAGCUUUGGAAGCAUUAGAGCAUUACAAGAAGAAAGAUGCGUCGAAGGUCGUCGUUCGAUUCAAAGCGAUAGGUUCUGCUCCCAUAAUGAAGAACAACGUAUUUAAAGCUACUGCAGGACACAAGUUUCAAGCCGUCAUACUAUUUCUGAGACAGCAGUUGGGUAUGAAGAAGGAAGAGGCCUUGUUCACAUAUAUCAAUGCCGCGUUUGCUCCUGCUCCUGACGAUACAGUUGGAAACCUGUAUAAAUGUUUUGGAACGGAAGGUCAUCUGAUAGUGAAUUACAGUAAUACUCAAGCUUGGGGAUAA